AUAUAAGUGCUCAGUUGGAUACACUUGUAAAGAGGCUGCCGCGUCUGCACUGGUUUUCAGCACUGCUUUAUGCGAUACUAUGUGCUGGGUUGGCUCUGGUUUUCGCUAGACACGCCCUCCUCGCCACUUCGCUAGUCUCUUGUAGCUGUCGUGCGAAUUAUGUGUGUGUAGCUGAAUUGGUUUGUUUACAGAACAGGGCCGGUCGCUAGUAGUGCGUGGGCUAGAGUGUUCUGUGCUACAGUCCUUCGAUUGCCAGGAAGACGAGCAACCUGUCUUUUGUUAUCACAGCUGAUCGCACCAAGUUCGUGAUUACAACAUGAGCUAUCCUCCCUAUGCUCCUGCUGAUGGAGCCUACCCACCAGCUCAGGCCUACCCACCACCUAAUGUGGGCUAUGCACCGCCUAGUCCAGGCUACCCUCACGGUUACCCUGCUGACCAAGGUUACCCACCACCUGCCCAAGGAUACCCACCACCUGCCCAAGGCUACCCUCCACCUAUGCAGGGUGGUUAUCCACCUGCUAUGGGCUAUCCACCUCCACAGGGAGAUGUUCAGUUUAUGCCAAUGGCUCCAGGAACACCUGUCAUGCAGCCUCCAGCGAUGGGAGGGGGCGGUUACCCUGCUCCUGGCGGAGAGAUUGCACCAAUGGGAGUGUCGCCUGGUAUUCCAAGCUGCCCGCCCGGUUUAGAAUACCUCACGGCAAUAGAUCAGCUGUUGGUGCACCAGAAAGUGGAGAUACUGGAAGCAUUUCUUGGGUUUGAAACUCAGAACAAGUAUACCAUUAAGAACAGCAUGGGCCAGAAAGUCUACAAAGCUGUGGAAGACACCGAUUGUUGCUCUCGAAAUUGCUGCGGUCCUAACCGCCCCUUUGACAUCAAGCUCACUGACAAUGCUGGCAAUGAAGUGAUCCAUCUGCAGAGGGAUUUACGCUGUAGCUCCUGCUGCUUUCCGUGCUGCCUGCAGAAGCUUGAAGUGUCAUCGCCUCCAUACACGCCCAUCGGGUACGUGGCUCAAGAGUGGAGCAUCUGUGUACCCAAGUUCCGAGUUGAAAACGCAGAAGGGGAGACUGUACUGAGGAUUGAGGGCCCCUUUUGCACCUGGAGCAUCUGUGGAGAUGUCGAAUUCAAGGUGCUGUCCAAGGAUGGUGCAGUAGAAGUCGGCCGCAUCAGCAAGCAGUGGUCGGGGCUGCUGAAAGAGUCAUUCACUGACACGGACAAUUUUGGCGUCAGCUUUCCCAUGGACUUGGAUGUUAAAAUCAAGGCUGUCCUGCUUGGGGCUCUUUUCUUAAUUGAUUACAUGUUCUUCGAGAAGACCGGCAACAAGGAGAACGAUAGGCCCGGCAUGCUGUAGUAGAUUGGUGAGACGCAGAUGAAGGAAUCGCACGUCCUCCUCGCUUUUGCUGAAUACCCACUUGUGGAGUGUCUUCGUUCGGGCAUUUGGACCAUGUACUGUUAUUGUUCGUGUUUUUCGAAUCUCACCUUUCGUUUUGUGACCUAUUUCUAAACUACUUUUAAAAGCUUUUUGCUUCUUCGUGUAUGGUAGUUGUCUAGUCUAAAAUACAAGCUGACUUAGCAUUCUUGUGCAUUUUUUGAGAGAGUAAGGUUUGAGGUUUUUGACAACUGGUCUUCUGCACAGAUUUACGGGCAGCAUGACGUUUCUGUUUACAAUGUUGUUACUUUAGAAACUUUCCAUUUUUAAAUGUACAUUUCUCCAUUCAUUAUAGGUUCAGUUACUUUUCACCUAUAAUGCACCCACUCAUAAUAAAUAUGAUGAGGAAGCAAAGUGUUCAGGUGCACAAGCUAGUCCAAUUACUGUGGUGUCACAUGGUGCGUGACAUUUCUGUACAAUUCAAGCCAAUAGGUAAGAUUAGCAGGUUUUGGGAAUGUUUGUUUUUAUGUACGUUGAAGCCAAGGUCGUAUUCUUUGCCUUAUCAUAAAUUUCGGGGCUCAUUAGGGUUGUGUACUCUACUUACCAAAGGUUUCUUAGGUUUGGAAUCAUACCUUGUCAUCAAGAGAUGAUUGAAUAAAAAAAUAGGUUACUUUAGUGUUAUUUGUACUAUAGCUUAUAUAUUUAGUGUAGACUUGCUAGAGGAUAGUACUAUUAAAAUGGUGGAAGUAUGACGGGGCCAAAAAUAAAAAGGUAGAAAAGCCAAAUACUAAAGUGAAAAUGCUGUGAGGUUAAAUGACGCAUUAGCUUUAGCAACUUCAAAGCUUAGGACAGUUUGGUUGAAAAAGUCGCAGAUGUUCUUGCAGUUGGUGUAUGUUAUUGAAAAUAUUAGUCAAAGGCCUAGUAGCUUGACACAGUAUAAUCAGGUAGCAGGUGCUUACAUCACUGGAGCACAUCGCUGAGCAGUUUAUAUUGCAUUUGCAGGCCGUUGAAAUUCUCUAAUGUGUGGUGUUGGACGGUUGCAGGUUAUGCAAAGUUGGUGUUCACAUCAAAACCUUGCAAGAUGCUUGACUGUAGAGCUGGAUUCUUCAGUGUUAGAGCACGUGUGUUUUUUUUAUCUGUAAGUGCAGGGCAGUAAGAAGCGUUAGCGUAAUAAAAAAAUAUUUGUGUUCUAUCUUUCAAUUGUUGCCUUGAUACGAAUUUUUUUACAUGUGUAAGUCAAGUCAGAAUUGUGCAGUAAUGCCUAAUUUAGGGCGAGGAAAAAAAUUUGAAUGUUUGGUCAGUAUGUAUGGCUGCUGCACAAGACGUUCAGAUACAAUUGAAAAAUAUAAAGAAUGCAAAUACCUAAACUUGGUUGAAUAAAACUUUAUUGUAUUUGUUUGACAUAUCUUACAGGUAGAAGCUGUAAGAAUUGCAUACUUGCUAGAAACUGUGCAAUUUUACGGUUCAGUGUAGACAUUUGAUUUGGUAAGCUGUUGAGUUAAUUGACAGUUAAAUCAAUUGUGCUCAGUUCCUUUAAUUGGACGAAAAAAGGCUGUAGAACAUAAAAGAAAUAAUUACAAUAAUGUCGAGCACUUUAUCUGCCAGAGCCAUUAUAUGGUUAUUAGGCAUGCCUAAUUGGAAGGUUCAAAAAUUUGGACCAUCUGGGCGUUCUUUAACGUGCACUUUCAUUGCAGAGUAAACAGGCUUUUAGCGUGUGGCCUCCAUCGAAAUGUGACUGCCACAGUCGGUAUAAAACUAGAACACAUGAAACUUUUUUUGGGCUGGGAAACUGCGUUUUGGAGUCAUGCUUGUGAUGUGCUACAAGGAAAGAAAAAAAAAAAAUGAGAUGACACAUAGUGACACAGAGGCUUGCGUUCUGAAGAGUUCCUUGCAAUGCAUCAUGCAGAUGUUAUCAAAAUAUUAGUUGGCACGUACAAGCACAAAUUGCUGAAGUUUUAAAACAUGAAUAUGUGUGCCAGGGGAAACAUUCCCUUUUCCCUUCUAGCAUACCUUUUAACAAUGUAGGAUAAGAAUUAGUGCUGAAAAAACUUUUCAGGUUUGUAGGUAGCGCUUGCUUAGGUUUCAAGGCAAUCCGAUGCUUACGAUGGCAUUACCAAUAGUGCAGCUAUAGCAUUACAUUGGCAGUGUUCCCUGCCUAAUGACAAGUUGUUCCUUAAGACAGAUAGGACAGAUCCUUAAGAGGGUGUUUCCAGAAGAGUUAUCAAAAUUUUCUGAAGAGCUUCAUUGUUGUAUACGCAAUGAAAUCCUUCAUGUCGCAUUUUAUUCACGGAGGCAUUAAAGGGGCUAUCAAGAGCAAAUCGACGUUUCCCUUGUCAGCAAAGUACAAUUUCAUGAUGCCAAAAACACCACUUUUAACCGCGACACAACGCUUGGUAAGCGAAAAAAUGCGCGAGAGGAAAAUGUGGGUGAAGGCAACAUCGUUACGUCAUAGAUUUCGAAAGCAUCUACUGGCUCCUACGUAGCUUCUAAUAAAUGACAAUGCAGUAAGUUAUUAUUUAAGGUUGCUGUAGACCUAGCAUACAAAGUUUCAGAAAAUAUAACUCUGCUAAUGUCGCAAAAAUAGAAAAAUACAUUUUGAAAUUUAUUAUGUCAUGCAUAGAGAUUUGAGCACGAAAGUUGAAAAUGAAACUUUAAACCUUUAUUUUCUCCCCUAAUGAUGCAGUUAUGAUAGUGAGAUAUAUGGCAUUAGAGUUCUCAGAGUGGAGUUUGUCAAUCUAAACCAAUCUAUUGUUUCUUCUUAACAUCCCGUUAAGUGUGGGCAAAUCAUGCCAGUGAAACGAGCUGACUGUAACAACUUCAGAAGGGCGUAAAUGCACUUUCUUGUAACCUGCAUGUAGAAUAGGGAAGCUAGUGUUAUUUAAAAGUUUUUUCUUUUGGCAUCGUUUUGAUUGCUGUUCAUUUCAUCCAGAGUGAUAAAAAAAAAAAAGAAAGCUGUGCAACCUGAAGUGUUGCAUGAAAGUCAGGUCGUAAGAUAGUGAUGAAAAAGGUGCCUGUGAUGAUUUUUUUUUUUUUUUGAAGCCUGUUUAGAGCACAAAAGUUUGAUUACAGGAGUCUGAUAGGGACAGCUGCACAAAUGUAGGUUAGCCAGCACAUUUUAGUUUCGGGCAGUAACUUGUACCUAGGGUCCCCACUCUCUCACUGUCGAUUAUUAAGAAAUAUUCUAAAAGUACACUUUUAUCGCUGUAUUACAGAACAGUAACUUUAUCACCAUCUAGGGCUUAUUUAUUGAGCUGGUAGCCUUAGGUGGUUUCUGUGUUAGAGGUCCUUUUAGAAAACUGGGAACUUUGCCAGAUGCACCAUGAUGAAAAUAAAUCUCUCCAUGGAUGCAUACGAAAACGACUGAGAGUGGGUGAAAAAAAAAAGAAAAUCGGGUACAAAGCAGUUGAUACUUCCUCCCAGCCUCACUCUGCACAGUAACGGAUACUGUAGCGUAUCAAAACAUGUGUAUGCGUGCUGCACAUAUACAUCAAGGUGGGCACUUCUUCUGUGGCAUCCGCUGUUGUCAUCAGCGCUAGUUGGUGAUGAUAAGUGACAGUGUGUGCACUCUCUUUUGGCUUCCAAGGACGGUCGCUCAAGCAUUUUAUUGCGAAAGUAGCGCACAUUGUUGCUAGUGCUUUUGCAGCUAUACGCAUGCGAUGCUGAAGAUGAUAUGCAGAAGUGAGAAGUGGAACAAUGAUGAGUGCGAUAAUGGGAGGAUGUAAAUACUUGCGCAACACAAAAAGGGGCUUGCGUGAGAUGUACAGAGAGUCCACUUUAAUGCCAAACAUAUGUGCUGCUCAAUGUGGCUCAUUUCAGCUUGUGUAAGUGCAGCAGAGCUGAAAAUACGUAAAAUGACUAGAAAUGCACCCGUUUCAAGCUGGUGUACAGUAAGUAAAAAAGCACACGGGACCACAUUUGCUGCAUAUUCCGCUGGCAUACGGUAGUGUCAAUUGGCCCUAUUUGGUUGCUGGUAUAAGGCUGAUAGCUUGCUCUUGUCAGAAUCUGAGGCAUAUUGCAAGAUGUGUGCUCUAUUGAUUAAUAACAGACUUCAUCAUAGUAGCUGGCACUCACUUUUACAUCAAAGCUUCAUUAAUCUUGUACUCAACCACUGUAUUGGCAGUGUAAUGAAUAAGAAGGUACUAACAGGCUUUGUCUCCUGUGCUACUUGAAAGGGAGUAGUUGCGUUUUUCUACUUUACUCAUGCUUAACUUUUGCAAUACUUUGUGCUGGAGCAGAGUAGCAAUAUAUUCACGAUUCAUCUGAUUUAUAGCAUUGAAACAGCAUGGCCAGUUGUUCACAGGCAGAUUUACCUUCUUAAGUGUUCUCUUUUUCCUGUGUUAACUUACAUCGGUUUGGUGAGAUCCUCUGCUUCCAUUUAUUGGCUGUGCAUUCAGAGUAGAGGUCUGAAUUUCAUUUAUGAUUCCUAUUAUCCAAUUUGAAAUAGUGCACAUUUUUUUUCAGGAGGCUUUUGUUUUCUAGUAUUCGUGAUCACGUGCUAACAUGAAAACGUUUUGUUUGUGAACUUGUAAUUAAUGUAUUGUUCGCACCUGUGGUCAGUUUUGGAAACAAACUGUUCUCAGAAGGAUUGUAAGUAUAGCUUGUUAAUGCAUUAUUGUUGAGCAUCUACUGUUAUACAGAACUGUUAGUUGGGCUAAUGACAAGGUCUCCAGAAAGUACUCAAAUCAUGAAUUCUUAAUGGUGGUAAUGGUAUCGCAGUUUGAAGAAUAAAUGUAGUUGCUCUGUCGCGCACCGCUCCAUACUUCGUUCAGACUGUCGGUUGAUACAGAUUCUUGAAUUGGGGCAUCUCGUUGUCGCAUGAAUUAAUAAAACACACUGUGCAGAUAAUGCGUUCAAAUUGGUCAUGCCGCAGUUGUGUUGUAAACUGUGGUUUGCAAAGUAGGUCUUGUGUAGUGUGUAGUUCCUAUACUUUGUACCUGUUGUUCUAGUUUCAACUGAGCACUUUGUCUCUCAAUUGUGCCAACAGUUCAGAAGUUAUGUUGAGCUCGUCUUUCUUCUUUGUGAUAAACCUUGAGGGCUUUCUUUGGAGAAAACUUAUGCCUUUUCUUUCUCUGUAACAUGCAACAUCACUAACCGAUAAGAAUAACUGCAUAGCGUAACGAGAAGAGGUCUGUCAUGUCAAUGUCGUCUUGUUUUCUCUUUAAUUGCCAUUAAAAUCAGUUGUAGAACGUUACAUUUUUAAAACAUUUUUCUUGUUUAUCUUUUUGUCUCUCUGUGCUUCAUUAUACUUGUUAUUAUCAAUAUGCAAUUUUAUUGUCCUAUUUCAUUUUUUGCCUAGAGCUGUUGUUUUGAAGGUAAGUGUAAUGUUUUAAACCUUAUGAUGAAAACUCUACAUGCAUAAUAAAAAAGAUAAAAUUUGAAUGGCAGUAAUAGCUACUGUAGUUUAGAUGGCAGCAAUCGUUUUCUGUGCCAUGAUUCACUUAAACAAUAAUGAAUCAAGCUUUCACAACAAUUGCAUUACAACUGUUUUGUGUUUGUGACAACAUAGAACAGUUGCUGUGUUACAACAUAUUGUUUGCUGUGUUAAAGAAAAGAAGUGAGUAUUGCAUUUUGUCAGAGCUGUGCUUUUGGUGCUUACAGAUGGGGCCAGCAAGUAGAAUUUUAUUCAGGAAGUAUGUCUGUACACUCAAAACUGGUUGUGGCAACCUUACGAGUUGGACAUGACGCUCAUGCUGUGAACGUAUUUACACUUGAGUCGACUGUCAUGUUAUUGCACCGAACAAUGUACGCUUAGUUACCUUGUACCCUUAAAAGGCACCUUUAGAUACCUUCUCAUUAAAAUUUAGGUACCUAAGUGGCAUAGCUGUCUUCAAAAAUGCUCAUUUGUUUUCAUAUACAAUGUAUAAGUCAACUAUAAAGUGAAUCACUAAAGAGCUUUAUUGUUUGCGUGUUGAAAUGUUUGUGCAUGGGGAAAUUACAGUCUAGUUAGACUUUCCGCUCUACAUACUACUUUUUCUUUCUUGUCUAACGUCUGAUGUCAUGGUGCACUUUACACAAUAUUUCUGAAUGACUCCCCUAAGCUGCCAGUACUCCUGUGCUGUCUUGGUGCAUCAUGUGGAGGGCAAGUGGUUUUUAUGCAGUACAGCUAACAGAGAACUUCCCUGGGGAACUCUGCACCCCCCCUUUUCAUUUGUGAUACAGUGGUGCAGAAAGUUCUGGCAGCAUUUUAGUGUUGCCAUGUUUGUGUUCAGGUGUGUAUACCCCACAGUGUUCAGUACCACCUACACAGUCAUUGCAUGCUGCUGUUGUAUUUUACUGUCCAGAAGUUGUGGAUCACAUUUUAUUCGCCGUUACUGCUAAAUUUUAUUCUGGCUUGAUCCGCCCUAAAGAUUUUUUCCUAGUACUUGUAUAUCGCUCGUUCAUGUUGAGAAUGUGACAACAAUGCUUUUCUGCAUGCGAGAUGCAUUGCUGUGUGCAGGAAAAGCACUUGAGUUACAUCCAUUGCUUGGACAAUUUCACAGCCAAUUCCUAAUGCAGCUGGGCUAGUCCCUGCUUUGCAGUCUAGCGUAGCCUGCUAAGACUGCUUUCCCUGUGCCUUUGUCAUAUGCUGUUGGAAAGUGCAUUGCUACUAUUUAACAUUCUGCGAAAACCUUUCAGCCAUCCAUUGCAUCUUGUUAUUUGGCCGACUUGAACCUGAUGUCUAAACUAACUUUCUUGUCUUGCACAAGCUCAAUUAUAUUUGUACUCAGUGGCCAGUGUUUGCAUAGUUGCACCACUUUUUGAUUCUCAGUUUAGCAAUGGUUUGACCCCAUUUUCAGUACGUUGACUUUCAGCAUGGUUGGAGGUAUUGCUUCUAAACUCUGUGACCUACGGAUAGCAAUUUUUACUUUCAUUGUGCAAGAAGCUGUAUGUUCAAGUGGCAAGCAAUGUGGGGCCGAAGAGUUUUCAUGUACAGUGUAGACUGCUUAUAACGUGUGUCAUAGAUAUGAAAGAUGACACCAACCACACUGUCAGCAAAUGAUAUAUUUUUAUAAUCAGUCUACAAGCCAGACGGACAACCUCCUGUCCUAAAUUGCAUGUCAAGUCUAGAACCUAAGGGGAUGUCAGAGUAGGUCCUGUUUUCUAAAUCUCAUUGCUAGAAUGGUGGUGCAUUUGCGUUAUUUGGAUUAGUGAUUUGUGGGCACAAGAGGGUGUGGUGCAGAGUCUUGCUUUACCAUCGUCAAGUAUGAAAGGUUGUGCUGUGUUCUGUAAUGCCAUUUAUAUGGUCACAUUAUAACUAGUCUGCACUGUAGGCCUGCUGCACCUGUUUAGAUAUUCUUUGAAUGUGCUCACAGCAGCUGUUGUGGGCCACAAUUUUGUGGAACUUUGCUAUUUAGAGAGCUUCAAGCGUAUUUUCUGUCUGUUUCUCAAGGCUUUUAGGUACCGUGUAAUCCUACGCUCUUGUAAUCCCUUUUUGGCAUAUACAAUAAAGCCAAGUACUUGUCUCGUGUG